GUUGUUCUCAGCGAUCCUGAAAACGGUUAUUAUGAGUUAUGCGAGGAGUCCGUUGCGCCAAGACAACAAAACUGGCGCGACUUCAUGCUACGGAAAUGUUCUUAAGAAAAGCCUAUCUGAUACAGAAAUUGCUCAUGCAGAAGUUAUUGCUCCUUUCGAGGGUUUUCGUUCGAAAGUUUACUAUGUGGGAGACGAUCGUGAAAAUCCUACCAUUGGAAUUGGUUGCAACCUUGGCCGUUUUGGUGCAAGACAGGACUUUGAAAGAGUACUACCUGACCGUGAUUUUGACGCUGUUAAAAAUGGAAGGGAAGAGCUAACGGAAGAAGAAAUAUACACACUCUUUGCUUUCGACAUCCAAAAGCACACUGAUCGAGCAAGAGGCAAAAUUCACCAAUUUGACACAUUUCCUGUCUACGUUCAAACCGCAUUGGUAAACGCAUUCUACAGAGGAGAUAUUGGCCCCAAAACUAUUGCUCUAAUCAACAAUGGAAGAUGGGAAGAUGUAACUAGCGAAUACCUAAACCACAAAGGAUAUCGAGAUGCAGAUAGAAGGGAUCUUCCCGGAAUUAGGAAACGGAUGAACUUUAAUGCAGAUGAAUUCAGGAAAUACGCCGAGGAAUUAAACAAAGAGAAAAGAGACAAGGAAGAAGGAGAAAAAACAUAGAUC